UUGCCUGCUUUUGCUUCCAGAAAGUUGGGCUGAUGGGCCUGGGUACCAUCCAGAUUGUGAAAAGACCCAUCUGUCGUGGAGAAGGGGAAGGUUUAAUGGUGGAGAGUCCGGAGUUUGAUCUGAACAAACCGUUUCUGGUGGGGAAGAAGUUCCUUCAUGGCAACAGCCCAGUGCCUGGGCUCUCCAAAGCUGACGAUUUGGUCUGUGCUGAGGUGGCCAUGCGCCUCCACAAGCCCAAGGCCACCAUUGCGAUGUGCAUCGAGGCCACCAUAAAGAUCUGUGAGUGGGCCUUGUCCAGUGGCCAGAACUUCGACUUUGUGUUCAAGGGCAUUGGCAUUCUGGUGUGCCGGGGGACCUACGUGGACAUGAGGUUCUUUGAAAGCCUGGUCCAAGAGGUGGCUAAGUCAGAGUGCCUGGCAGAGGGUUUGCUCCAGUCACCAAAUCUGAAGCCAUUAUUCGUAGCCUGCACAGAAAAGGACAUUUCCCAGAUUCCUCCUGGAGGUGUUCUCGUGUUGCCACACUUUGUGCAGGCAGAUGGGAAGUCCCAGCCACAUCCUGUAAAUACUUCCCUACAAGGCACUGGAAUCAUGAUCAAAAUCAACAGCAAGCACCAAACAACUCUGGGGAACUUUCCCAGCCAACGCCUCCUUUCUCGUCCACGUCUUUCUCCAAGUCGGAUACAUGAUCUGAGAGCGAUGGGGAGACAAAAGAAAAAGGCUGAUGGUGCCGUGCAGAGAGGGAGUUCACUGCCUCCAAUUGAGAAGUCUGGGAAGAAGGACAGAGCCACCAAAGGGAUGGAAGUACCCAGAGGUGGGCUGGCAGCYUCCACCAGGCAGGGGAGACAUGACUGGCUUCCACCCCUGGCAGAGCAGAGGCAGCCAGGGACGGCUGCUGCCUUGCAUCCUGGAGGAUUGGAAAAGCUAAGGAAGGAGAGGGUGGCUGCUGUGGCAGGAGUGGCUGCUGCUGUGUCUCCAGAGAGAAAGGAGAAGAAGACACCGCCCCCUCGUGGAGAGAGGAGAAAAUAA